ACACAUAUUCCUUCCAUUGUUCCCACUAAAGAUCAAAUUCGUUAUAUUGGCAGAAAAGGAUAUCCAACGUAAAAUGUCAUGUUAGUCUGUAACUUAGACAUGUUAAUCACUUUUGAUGUUGUUGGUUGGCCUGGUACUGCGCAUGACACACGUAUUCUUACGUCAGUCCUUGAAGAAAUGAAAAAUGUGUUCCCUCAUCCUCCUGAAGGAAAGUAUUACUUGGUUGAUGUAGGAUAUCCAAACAUGAAAGGAUAUCUAUCACCAUACAAAGGUGAAAGAUAUCACAUUCCUGAUUUUAGAGAUGGAAGUCAAGCACAAGGCAUUCGUGAAGUAUUCAAUCAUGCACAUUCGUCACUUAGAAAUGUCAUUGAAAGAACAAUUGGUGUUUGGAAGAAAAGGUGGCAUAUUUUAUGUGAUAUGAGACCAUUUCCACUAAUCAAACAAGAAAAGAUCAUAGUUGCAACAACAGCACUUCAUAACUUUAUUCGAAUAUGUGGUGUUCAAGAUGAGGAAUUCAACAAAUGGGACCAAAUCACUGGAUAUAUGUCCGAACGAGAAGAAGAAAGAAACAUUAAUGAAGAUUCGAGUUCAAAUAAUUUAAGAGUACAAGAUGGGAGCUACAUGGAUAGAGCUAGAAAUCGAAUAGCCACUAAGUUGUUGGAAAACAAAAAUCGUUCAAGUUUAUGAUGUGUUAUGU